CAUACUACUACCACCACGCUUCACCAAAAUGUCCGUCGCUGAGACUCUGAGGGACGUUUUCAAUCAUAUCGCUUUUCCCCCAAAGCUUCCUGGGAAAAAGGACCGGGAGCCAGAAAAGGUAGAACGCGAUCUCAUCAUCCGCUUGCGUUCUGCAGUUCAGACCGUCUACCAUGUUUCAGAUGACGCUUCGAAGGCUGUCUGGGAGUCAAUCAAUGCGUCACUGGACACAUGCAGCGCAGUGAAUCAGAAUGGAAUGGUGAACAAGGGCGCUCUGCUUGACGCACUGGGAGCACUACAGCCAGGGGGAGCUGUCAUAGUGAAUAUCGGAGAGCAGAACGCCGCACUGCUUAUUCGGAUGCCACAGAAUGGUGAUAAUGUGGUUAUUGAGGCCUUCGAAACAUCGCCAAGUGCAGAACAAACACUGGCCGCCUCGGGAGCAUUAAGAUGGACAUUCCCAGGGACGGCAGUAUCGCUUUCUGUCGAAAAUUUUAGAGACCCGGUCCUCCAAGCGUCUCUUACAGACUUUCUCGAGAAGGCGAGCACAGAACAACUGGAGCAAUUUGCCGCCAAAGCAAGGAAAGCUGGGAAGGAGGUGGUUGAGAGACGCAAUACAGUCGACCCGUCCAUCAUCACUGAAUUCCUUAUAGCACUGCUCGGGGUGAACGGCAGCCAUGUAUGCCCACCGGCAUUGCAAAAGCGUGUCAAGGAUGACGUAUGCUGGGACAAUGCCGAGCUUCCGUGGCGGCGUAGUCCAUUUUGGCUUGUGCUUCGAGUGUCUAUACAACGAUUGCUAUAUCUGCAUCUGGGCAGUGACCUAGGUCGUCUGCAGUACAAGUUUCUGCUUUGCAUUGUCCUGGCAGAGCUACUUGGGAAUGUUGUUGAUAGAAAGGUAUUGGAACCUGAGCAAUGGAGCUGGCUUAACACCAAAUUGUGCCGCCGGCUAGCCAAGCUAGAAACGGAAAUUCAAACGUCCUCAACAGAAACGAGAACUUUACAUGCCCACCUUUCCCGGAAGUUGGAUCCUGUUUGCCAACAGUCCGUCACCGUCAUGAGAAACGCCAUCAGUGUUGAAUGGGAAGCAUUCAAAAAGCGGAACCAGCGCAAGAUACCGCUGUUGCCAAUCUGUGCGAAGGACACAGAUUUCUUUUUGACUUUACCAAACAGUAUCUCCUAUCUUGAAAAUGUCAUGAGGAGCCGCCCUGGGACCCUGGUUAACAGACCUCGAACUGUAGACCCAUUCGACGUUUCCAGCCACAUGGACAAAAGCACUGGCGAUCAGUUUGUAUCUCUGGUCAAGAAAUAUUCUUCGAUUGCCGAGACUGAGCUUGACAUCGAAUUUCGAAAAGGAGAGUCUCCAAUCUCGGAAGGUAAAAGUGAUGAGGUGUGUCUCGAUGUUGCCCGCCAGAUAACAUGCUACCUGGAUGUGGUAGGACAGUCUCACGACAGCGACCAUGAACAGCUGAGUUUCUUCAUUCUUAACAUAUUCGAACUAUGGGUGCUCAUGGACAAAUGCGCCACGAGUGUUUAUCCCUUGAUCUGCGAGUACCGUCCUGUGUUCUGCGCCGAGCAGUUGGAUGUUUUGCUUUUGUCGAGAUACGUCGAUUUAGAACGACUACAGAAGAUCCAACUAUACCUCCAAGACCGUUGCACUGCAGCAUCUAGGGGGGAUAUGACAAUUUUUUCUGAUCCGUCUCCAGGAUGCUUUGCAGAUCGCUUUUUGGGACUUCCGAUUGGCAGAGACCUGGUUCAAAUGCAAAGGAAGAUUGAAAAGGCAUCUUCGGUGGCCCGGGCUUUGAAGGAGUCGGAGCUCGCUGAUAUCAAUGAAGAAUUCGAGUCACUGACGAGGUCCAUCAAUAAUAGCAUCUGUACUCAGCGGAGACACCCUGAUGGUACUCAUGAUAUCCGAGGAUGCAGCCACUGCUAUUAUGUCCGAUGCCGUCGACGUUUAGAGAUUACCAUCCAUGAAGAUUACUUGCCUACAGACGAGAAACUGUAUGAGACAAGAGCCAUAGUGUUUGAAUUAAGGACUCCCAAGGUAUUUAGUGCAUACCGAAGUGCGACUUGGACUAUAAUCAACCGAUUCGGCCCCAUGAAACCCGCAACACACGAAGGGUCACCCCAGAUGAUGCUCCGGCAACACAAACCAUAUUCGGUCUACUUGGAGAGAUCUAACGGAGGAUUAACACUUGCAUCUUCUACAAAAUCUCAUCUCAAAACACAUUACAAAUCGAAGUCCCUUCCCGCAUCAGCGAGCAGUAUUUUGCGUCCAUUUGGGUUAACCUUCCAUUACUAUGAUUCUGACCGACGGCUGUGGGCCAAAUGCAAGUCUGAACCGCUCACAAUUGCACACCAUUUCGUUCUUUCUUUACCCCCAAGCCUCCCCUUCGCAAAGCUGUACUCCUCUCCAAGCUUUGCUCCCUCUGGCUCGGGUCCAACUUCUUAUGAGGCCAUAGCAGCAAUGCGUGAAUGUCCGCCAACAGUGACAGUACAUGAAUUCUUGGCUCAUCAAGCUCUGAAGUCUGGUAAGCAUCGCCGGUGGCUGACAAUACUCACCGAGCUUGGUUCUUCAAAUAUCAAUCUAAGCUCGCUCGAUGCAAUGGUUCUGUUGAACCACCUUGCUUUGCAAGUCGGUCCUCAAUCGCAGGAUGAUCCCUUUCGCGUGGUGCAUGCCAUCUUCAAAGACGUUCAAUUUUGUACAAGGCUGUUGGAGCAAAUCGAUCAACACGUUUCCAUAAUAGCUCCAAACUGGCGCGAAGUGACGUAUAUGGAGACCAUGCUCACCUUGACCAUACAGGUACACAAUCUUGGCUGCCAAACAUCAAGAGCAGAAGCCGGAGAUUUGCUGCUCAAAAUACGCCGCAUUACACUGAAGUGGAUUGACCACUUACAAACGGAGACUCGAAACGCCUUGCAGCUAGACGUUGAAAAAAGAGGAGCUCGCUACUGCGUCCUAGCUGCUUUGCUGUGUCGGCGCACCUUCUUCCCCCAGGCUUAUGCCAGAGAGGAUCUGGAUUCGGAAAGUUUUCAGUGCUUUAUUGAGGCUACUUUGGCUAUGCAGGAAUGCUUUGUCCUCGAUAUAAGCAAGUUCGACAACCUAAUGCACAGUAUGUUGGUGCGUGACAUUAAGAUGUCUGUUCGACUUCGGCCAAUUGUACACGCUGCAUUCAAGCUACACCCUAGAAGUAUCGCGUCUGCCAUCGACAAAGUAUGGCCUACAAGCGCCACCAGACAAUUUGCGGUAUGGCAGAGCUUGCCGCACCCACAUGAACUAUGGGUCACUACAGAGUCUCGCGCCACUGAGCACACCCUACCCCAAAUAAUUCAUCUCCAUAUUCUGGAAGGCCACUUUCUCGUGGAUGGGAAACCGUUGGGAAAGCUCCCGGCCGAAAUUCGUGACUCAGAAGAAUUGAAAGAGCUUUUUGGUGACCAGAGAUUGGCGGCUUUCCCGUCCAAUCGACCAGGAAUGAGUUACACCUUGGCCAUUAACAAAGAAGGAUGCCAGAUUCAUCUGGGAUAUCGGAGCAAAGCCCUGGUAAUUCAAGCCACUACCAAAGGUGGAAGUGUCCUGGAACAUAUUCCACGAAGAAUAUUUAGCAAGGGCCAGAGUUUUGACUUACCUGAACCUUUGGUUCGUGAUUGUGUGCACUGGCUUGAUUUAGGAAUAGGUAUUCUUGAGGCUCGACGCAUGCCCGCUAUUUGGAUACCAAGGCCCGCGAACUGGAAACUGAACAUCAAAACUCGAAAGGCACAGCGCAACAGAAAAUCCUAUCUGGUUGACCCCAACUCGUCAUUAGCCACUGCAAUUGCUAACAUUUUUCUUCAUUUCGAACGGCCGUCGAUGUUGACGAUAUAUCAACCUCCCGUGAAAGAACUUUCCGUUGAGCUGAAGCGCUUGAAUUUGACAUUCCACGUGAACAGGAGAAAACUAUUCCAAUGCCCGCAGCUGGGUGCAGAAGUCGACCCUGAUCAAGAUGCCGGCACUUUCUACGGACUACAAAGCAUGUUGGUUCUUCGAAAUGUCCACAAUCGUUCACAGCGGAGUAUUAUAACGCCGCUAGGGAAAAUUCACUACCAGCGACAUGGUAUUCAUGUGCUAGUGCGCAAAGAGAAUGAUGGAUUUUAUGCAAGAUACAUGAUCGAUGAUAUUCUUGGCCGAAUCCAUGGCCCUGCUGAACCGCGACUGCUGUAUACCUUGGCACAAUUACACGCGCAUACAUCUUUCAUAAUGACCGACCCUCUUACAGCCAGAACAGGAACAGAAGAAGCACUCCAUAUUCUAGAGUCGGCCCACGCGCAGCCAUGGAGUCCUCUGUACCCGGGCUUUAGAGAAUUGUUACAAACAAUCUCGUAUUUGACUCCAUCGCGCCAGUAUUACCCGAAAGGCCUCAAAUGCCUGCAAGUCGUCAAUUGGAAUCCAGCACUUACAACAUCAAUUCAACAUGAGGCAUAUCGGCCAAUAGUCAAUUCAAUAUUGUCCAGGUCCCACAAGCUUUCCCUGUUCCAGAUUGGUGGAGCUCACCACCAACCGCAGCAAGCCACGAACGAGCCGCAUCUCAGCGCAAGGGCCCACCAGCGGCGAUCCUUGUAUGAACGUACAGAUGCGUCGUGUCAGCCCAUAAGCAUAACCUCCGAUACUCCUUAUCUGUCACGAGUAGGGUGUUUUAUGUCCAAGCGCAUCUCAAACGUUCGAGAGAUUGUGACUAUACUGCGAGAGCGACCACCCGUCCUUCGAACUACACAAAACCUCGCGAGCCUCUUGGGCAAGUGGUCAUCUAUUGGUGGCUUCAAUAGCAAAUUCGCUUCAACCACUAUUCAAGAGACCUUGUCUUUAGAUCUUUCACUCAAGUGGGGCAUGUUGGUGCGCCUUUGCAUGGAGUGUGAGCGGCAAGAUGUGUACCACCUCAUGUUCCACCUGGGCCUAAUUGCAUAUGACAAAGGUGUGAACAUGGAUGUGCUUAGGGUUUUGGCAGCUUUUUUCAUACUGCCUGAUCUGAAAAGAAUCGAGUUGCCCUCCCAUCCUUCUUUCGAAGGCUUUCCGGAUGAUAAGCCCCCUGAUGUCGAGACAAUCAUAACACUUGCAAGACCAUUUUGCAAGGAGUAUCAAAACCUGGCCGAACAGAAACUGGACUUUUUAAAGAGGCAUCAGAGUAUGUACAAGAAAGCCAAGACUGAACGUGCUAACCAUGAGAAAAAAUGUAUGGCUGAGAGCGAAUCUUUCGCUUUAUCAAUUCUCAAGGAGUGGCCUUGUUCCAAACCGUCAGCAACCGCUUUCUCAGGAGAGAUCUUGGAUGUUGGCAGUGCUUUAGAAGUUGUCAGUCCAGAUUGGCUGCGACGGUUCAAGAAUUUCCAGCUUUCAAAAUAUGUUCAAGAUGCACAAACGGUUCUGGAUGCCUAUAGUGCACCUACAAACCGUUGCAAUAAUGAUGAGCUCACUCCCAAGCCCGAAGAGUUUUGGGGUGGAUCCAGAUGGACAACAAAGGUCACGUUGCAUUUAGACCAGGACCUAAUCAGCAAGCCAGGCCCAGAAAUGGUACCGAGCUCAAGCUAUCCCAUGUUACUCAACGAGGAAAAAAUCGCGAACCCGGCAAGCUCUCCGAAUCCCAGUAUCCGCCAAAGCUAUAAGGGAGUGCGAGAACCUGAGAUUGCCGAGCUUGAGCAGAUAGUGCGUCGGAUCACGGACUCGGGCUAUUCGGUCAGGUCGACGUAUGGCCAGGACUUGCAGCUGAGUAUUGUUGCAUUAAGAGAUAAAGAUCAACGGUCAAUGAGCGUACAUGCCACAAAGACCCAUUACUUAGUGGAAAUGGCCAGGUAUGACGCCGAAAUUAGGAACGCUCGUGCUGUUGUGCACCAGAUUUACCGUCAGAUCUGUGACAAGCUAUCAGCUGGCGAUGCUAGGCACCCUUGGCUGCAACGCGGAAACAUCUGGCCGUGCAUAACCCCGAGGACUAUUCUGCAACAGCUUCGAAAAACUGCAUCAACCAAUUUUGGGCCAAAUAUGCAACAAGCCCUAAUCAAGUAUGGCCUUUCCAUCGUUCACUUACAGCGUCUGGUUCGGAUGAAGGAGCUUUUUGCGAAACACGACCAAAGUAGGCUUGAGCAGGAACUGAGUUGUUCAGCUCAUGCUUCAUGGAAUUACGUGGAUUACCCGGACUGGAUACUGCUUGAAAUUGAUGGGAAUGUGCAAAUUCGUCAGGAACAAGUGACUGUAGCACUGGAGAUGGUCUCCCCUACCUCAGGAUCCAACUCUGUUUUGCAGAUGAAUAUGGGCCAAGGCAAAACAUCGGUUAUUAUGCCGAUGGUUGCAUGCGCAUUAGCUGACUGUAACAAUCUUGUCAGGCUUCUAGUGCCAAAAGCACUCACGGCCCAGACGGCACAGGUCUUGCAGGACCGGCUAGGAGGCCUCGUCGGUAAAGAGCUCAUGCAUAUUCCUUUCUCAAGGCGCACUCCCACAAACAUGGAGUUAAUUGAAGAAUACCGCUCCCUCCAUGAGAAGAUAAGUAGCAAAGCAGGAAUAAUACUAGGUGUUCCCGAGCACGCACUAUCAUUCAAGUUGAGUGGGCUGCAGAGGGUUUCAGACCUAAAGCUUGCUGAGGCUGCUGAAAUGAUAAGGACACAGGACUGGAUUGACAGUAUUGGCCGCGACAUCCUCGAUGAGUGUGACUACACCUUGGCUGUUAAAACACAGCUUAUCUACCCAAGUGGCUCGCAGCUUGCGGUGGAUGGAAAUUCCGACCGUUGGGAAGCCAUUAUGGGCGUACUAGGCUUGGUAGCCCAGCAUGUUCGAGAUUUAGCUCCGGCCUUCCCCCAAAGCAUCGACGUGAUCGAAAGGCCGCUCUGCUCAUUUCCACUUGUCUUCUUACUUAGACGAGAUGCGGAGGUCGCACUCACUGAGCGGAUUGUACAAGAUAUUUGCUCAGGGCGAGGCUCUAUUCUUCCAGUUCAAAGCUUUAAUAUUACAGAGCAGGAGGCUAUCAAGCGCUUCAUCUCCAAGGAAUCAGUGGAUAGCUCUGCUGUCAAAAUCAUUAAAGAUCUGUUUCGGGAAGCUCCCAGGGCGUGCAAGAGAACGUAUCUGCUGCGGGGACUUUUUGUUCAUCAGAUACUCCUCCUUUGUCUGAAGAAAAGAUGGAAUGUUCAGUAUGGACUACAUCCAGGGCGUGAUCCUAUGGCCGUACCUUUCCAAGCGAAGGGCGUCCCAUCAGACUAUGCCGAAUGGGGCCAUCCAGAUGUUGCAAUAUUAUUUACAUGCCUUGCCUUCUAUCAUCAGGGCUUGAGUCAAGAGCAGUGCCGUCGGUGCCUCCAGGCUGUGCUGAAGUCGGAUGAUCCUGCAACGGAGUAUGACCGGUUAACUCAGACCUCAGACCUCCCUGAAGCUUUACGGCAUUGGAACCUCAUCAACGUGGAUGACCAAGGCCAAGUCGCUGAAUUCUGGCAUAUCAUGCGAUCCUCAAUGGUCAUGAUAAACUAUUUCUUGAAACAGUUUGUGUUUCCAGUUCACGCAAAGCAAUUUGCCAUCAAACUUCAGACCUCGGGUUGGGAUGUGCCGUUCAAUUCCAUUGUCCCUGCCAGAGGUGCUAAACGCAACGGUGUCGGAUUGACGACUGGCUUCAGCGGAACCAACGACAAUCGCAGACUACUGCCGCUAACAAUUGAGCAGCAUGACUUGCCAGAACUGUUGCACACUAAUGCUGAGGUUCUUACUUACCUGCUUCAAAGCAGGAACAGAGAAUAUAGACCAGCUUUCUCAGAUGGGGGACGAAUGUCUGAAGCCGGACUCCUAUUAGAUUUGGCUAGAAGCGAGAUCCGAGUUCUUAUUGACGCUGGCGCUUUGAUCUUGGAAAUGGACAAUCUGACAUUGGUGAAGACAUGGCUAGAGAAAGAUACUAAGGCACAAGCUGCAGUGUACUUUGGGCCUGAUAAUAAGCCACGGGUUUGGUAUAGAAUCGGGAAGGAUGCGCCACUCCUUGCUACUCCAUAUGCCGAUAACCUUCAGAAUUGCCUUGUCUAUCUUGAUGAGGCACAUACUAGAGGCACUGAUCUCAAGCUUCCUGCUGACGCCAAGGGGGCCCUGACAUUGGGACUCAACCAGACCAAAGAUCAUACUGUACAAGCGGCCAUGAGGCUUCGUCAACUUGGUACGACGCAAUCUAUUAUAUUUGUCGCGCCUCCGGAGGUCCACCAGAGUAUCUUGGAUGUCAACCAGAAGAGCCGUAAUGAUAUAAUAGAUUCUUCUCAUGUGGUAUAUUGGCUUCUUCAUCAGACAUGCGCAAGUAACGCUGAGUUGGAGCCACUGUUCCACGCCCAGGGUGUUGAUUUUUGCCGCCGCAUGCAAGCUGCACUCGAAUUCCCCAAAUUCCUUGAAAACACGGAGCAUCGUGACAAAUACAUGACGGUUCUACAGCAGCCUGAGCAGCAGACCUUGGAGGAGCUGUAUAAGCCACGUAUUUGUGGGCUUGGUGACAAAGGAAAGAGAUCGAUGGCUACUUCACCACCGGUAACCGGAAAGGUGGCUGUGUACUUGGAACAGCUCCAUCAUAGACGGAAUCAAUCUGAUCUCAUGCAGAGCGCAAUCACAAGUUCCGCUUUAGAAGAGGUUGAGCAAGAACGAGAGGUCGCUUACGAGAUUGAGGAGGAGAGAGAAGUGCAACGCCCACAGCGACUGCAGGCUUACGGAUUUCCUGGGCUACACCCUACGUUGUCACAAUUUGCGAUGACUGGUCAGCUGCAAGAACCUGGAACCCUUACUGCGGCAAGUGUGCUUCACGAGUCUCAAGUCUCAUUGAAGUUCGAGAUGAAGGACAGCAAUCUAGUGCCUCAUCUACUCGUGUCUCAGGAGUUUACAAGGACCGUCAAAUCAAAACAUAAGAUAGGCGAUGAGUUCACGCGUCCCGUAAACUGGCUACUUUACAACACAAAGAAUGAGACAGCGAUCGUCAUCAUUCCCGAAGAGGCGGAGGCAUUGAUCCCCAUUCUCCGUACCUGUGCUGCUCCGUCUACACACCUCAUCACAUACGCAGCACCGGUGACGAGGCGCAUGCUGCACUUCGACAAUCUAGACUACUAUACAAUCCCACCUCUAUCUUCACCACAUUCUCUGCCAGCAUGGUUAUCUUUCGAACUGGGGAUUCUGGCUGGGCGGUUGUAUUUCGGGUACACCGAGUACGAAGUAAUAACGGAACAUCUACAGCUAGGCCCUGAGUGGUUAGAUGCCAGUAACCCCGCGUCACGAGGGCUGUCAAACCAGAUGAGCUUCGUGCAAGAAUGGCUAGCCCUUCGUCGGCAAGGCCAGGAUAUCUCUCAUACUCCAAUGGGCUACAUAUGCCAGCGGAGGCCUCUUCGUGUUGAUCAUCCUUUCUUUGCAAACGCGAAUACGAAGAAGAGUGCUGACCAUAUACUCCCGUCUUCGGGGUACAUUGCUGGAACGAUGGAAGAUGAGUACUACGAUAGUGAUGAGGACGAUGCCGGUGGUUAUGAAUUGGUGGAUGACGAGACCUUCCAGGAUAACCAUGAGCAGCAUGGAGAUGUGGACGAGGCCGAGGAUGACAAGGUCGAUGAAAUGAACAACAAGGAGAGCGAAGAUGGCAAAGAUUACCAGAAUGGCGAGGAGAGAAAUUGCCAGCUCCAGUGA